AUGUUACUUGUGCCUAAGAAAGACGGAGGCUGGCAUAUGUGUGUAGAUUAUAGGGCACUCAACAAAAUAACCAUUAAGAAUCGGUAUCCAUUACCAAGGAUUGAUGACCUGCUAGAUCAACUACAUGGUGCACGCUACUUCACUAAGCUUGAUCUCAAGUCUGACUAUCACCAAGUCCGCAUCCAUGAAGAAGAUACUUGGAAGACUGCAUUCAAAACAAAGCAGGGAUUGUUCGAGUGGUCAGUCAUGCCAUUCGGAUUAUGCAAUGCUCCAGCUACUUUCAUGCGAUUGAUGAAUGAGGUACUCCGCCCUUUCAUUGACGACUUCGUCAUUGUAUACUUAGAUGACAUUCUCAUAUUUAGUGUCACAUGGAAGGACCAUCUUCAUCAUAUUGCUCAAGUAUUGGAGGUUCUACGAACAAAUCAGUUAUAG